CGGGCGGGGCCCCAGCGAGGUAGUGAGCUUGGGCGGGGAGCCGCAGCUUUUGCUGCGCCAACACUGUGGCCGGAAGCUCCGCUCGGCCCUGGGGGUGGGAGGGGCAGAGAGAGAAGGAGAGAGAGAUGGAGUGCAGGUUCCACACCUAGCACGGAGAUCACAGGGCUCGAUCUCACGACCCCGAGAUCAUGACCUGAGCCGAAAUCAAGAAUCGGAUGUUUAACUGACUGAGCCACCCAGGUGCCCUCACUGCCUGAUCCAGCCUGAAGAUGACCGCACUGACCACUGUGGUGUCUGGCCCUCGAGCCCGGCUCUUUGCCUGCUUUUUCAGGCUGGGCACUCAGCAGGCUAGCCCCCUUCAGCUGCACACGGGAGCCAGCCUUGCAGCCAAAAACCACUAUGAAGUGCUGGUGCUGGGUGGGGGCAGUGGCGGGAUCACCAUGGCCGCCCGCAUGAAGAGGAGAGUGGGUGCGGAGAAUGUGGCCAUUGUUGAGCCCAGUGAGAGACAUUUCUACCAGCCAAUCUGGACACUGGUGGGUGCUGGUGCCAAGCAGUUACCCUCAUCUGGCCGUCCCACUGCGAGUGUGGUACCAUCUGGUGUAGAAUGGAUCAAAGCUAGAGUGGUUGAGCUGAACCCAGACAAGAACUGCAUCCACACAGACAACGGCAAGGAGAUCUCCUACAAAUAUCUUAUUAUUGCUCUUGGAAUCCAGCUGGACUAUGAGAAGAUUAAAGGCUUACCUGAAGGUUUUGACCAUCCCAAAAUAGGGUCCAAUUAUUCAGUGAAAACGGUAGAGAAGACAUGGAAAGCUCUGCAGGACUUUAAGGAGGGCAAUGCCAUCUUUACCUUCCCAAAUACCCCUGUAAAGUGUGCCGGAGCACCCCAGAAGAUCAUGUAUUUGUCAGAAGCCUACUUCAGGAAGACAGGAAAGCGAUCCAAGGCCAAUAUCAUUUUCAACACUUCCCUUGGAACCAUUUUUGGGGUUAAGAAGUAUGCAGCUGCCCUGCAGGAGAUCAUCCAGGAGAGGAACCUCACCGUUAACUACAAGCAAAACCUCAUCGAAGUCCGAGCUGAUAGACAAGAGGCUGUUUUUGAGAAUCUGGACAAACCUGGAGAGACCCAAGUGAUUUCAUAUGAAAUGCUUCAUGUGACCCCACCAAUGAGCUCGCCAGAUGUCCUCAAGACGAGUCCUGUGGCUGAUGCUGCCGGUUGGGUGGAUGUAGAUAAAGAAACUCUUCAACACAAGAAAUACCCAAAUGUCUUUGGCAUUGGGGACUGCACCAACCUUCCCACGUCGAAGACAGCUGCGGCAGUAGCUGCCCAGUCAGGAAUACUUGACAGAACAAUUUCUCUAAUUAUGAAGAAUCAAAAACCAAUGAAAAAGUAUGAUGGCUACACCUCGUGUCCACUGGUGACUGGCUACAAUCGUGUGAUUCUUGCGGAGUUCGACUACAACGCUCAGCCACUGGAGACCUUCCCCUUUGACCAGAGCAGAGAGCGACUUACCAUGUACCUCAUGAAGGCCGACCUGAUGCCUUUCCUGUAUUGGAAUAUGAUGCUGAGGGGUUAUUGGGGAGGACCAGCUUUUCUGAGGAAGGUGUUCCAUCUGGGUAUGAGUUAAGAAGGGCUCAACCCUUGCUCUCCUUGGAUGGCUUCUGAACCCAAAUCACAGUCGCUGAUUGACCAAGAGCCUCGCGAAGAACUUAAAACCUAACCCUGUGCAAAGAGUUUACUGCUGGAUCAUGGUGACCAAAUGCGUCCCUUUUCAGUGCCUCUGGAUAGCCACUGUGUGGUCUGCCCAGGAUGAGUUUGAUUCUUUGGAAGUAUUCAAAUGAAAGAAUAGAUUCCUAUUUUUUAAAUAAAAGCUUGCCAUUGAUUGAGAUUC